CCUUUCUUCCUCUCUGCUACUUGGAUGGAGUAAAAAAUAAAAAUUAAAGCUUUGAGAUUUCUUUCCUUUGCUUAAUCGAUAUCUUUCCGCGAAUUGGUCCUUGUUUGUUUGCUUCUGGAAUCUGGGUUUUGUUUCUGAGCUCUCGAGGUUUUCUAGUUGCGGUUUCUGAGAUUAGGAGCAGAAGCUCUUUCGAGUAAAAAACUUCAUAUGUUCGUUGAAGUGAUUCUUCACAGUUUUUGUUCUGACUUCAUAUUAAGGAGAAGGUAGUUCCCGUGAGACUCUCUGUGGUUUGUACAUGUGUGUGUCAAGGGUCCCGUGAGAGUCUCCCGCAACCGCUCUCUCUUUCAUUUUCUCUUUGGAAGUUCUAUGUGUUUUCCUUCUCUGAUUGAAACUUAGAGGAGAAUGAUCUUACCAAAGCAGUAUCGUUGCACACACUCCCCGACCUGCCAAUGCACCAAAGGCCAUUUAAACGAGGAUGUCUUGUUAUUAGUGUUCCAACAUUUGAAUUGGAAUCCGAAGUUAGUUGCAACACUUUCCUGUGUAUGCAGAUGGUUUGAUGAUUUCGCCAAACGGGUACUAUGGAAAGAGUUUUGCAAGACUCGUGCCCCCAAAAUGAUGCUUGAUUUGCAAUCUAGCGGUAGUCACUGCAUUGACGGUAACUGGAGAGCUCUUGGGAAGCUUCUCAUCUACUGCUCAGGAUGUACACAAGGCGGUCUAUUCAAUAGCUCUGUUCAGAUCCCUGGCCACUUUGUUUACAGAACCCGGUUCUCCAGAACAUUGGGAAGAAGCCUGCUUCCGCCUCAAUGUAGAACCGAUGUACUCUACGUUUGUGAUCCUUGUGAGCAUCUUGACCAAGGAGAAGAAGGCGACGUGGGUUUGUUCCGUGGGAUUUUUAAGAAUUUCCCAACAUCCAAAGUCCGGAAAGUGAUCAUUCACAAGGCGGUUCCUUUUCAUCCAUCCGAGGUUUGCCCGUACUGUAAAGCUAGGUUAUGGAGCAUGCUACAAGCUAAGAUUAUACCUCAGAGUGCCUGCAUUCGUUUGGAAGCUUAUGAAGACUGCAUUGAGUAUUUUGUUUGCCUCAAUGGACACUUGCUUGGUAUCUGCACUCUCGCUCCUUUGUCUGAUUCAGAGGAUGCAAAUCCAAGCGAAGAUGGCAAUCACACAGAGAAGAAACAAGACAAUUACUUUCCUAAAGAAAACAUAUUGAAAAGGAGAAAUUCUUUGUUGGGUGAACGUGAAAUUGGACCUUCGCCUCAGAAACGACUGACCAAUCCGAAUCAAUGUAACAUUGAUGUGUGAAACAUCCUGUAAAUUUGUUUACUUCAGCUAAAUCUAUUGCACCUGCAGAGAUUCUUCAUUCAUAUACAGUCAAAUUAUGAUCAACAAUUUCCAUAAUCUCUAGACCUGUGAGACAUCAGUGGAAUGACUUAGCAGCUUAUGAUUUUUAUAAACUCACA